AUGAGCGUCGCCGGAGAAGUUGAGGACGAAUACGCCGUAUUUUUCGAUCAAGAUGUCCCUAUUGAGAACAGACUUGAUGAAUCACCCGAGGAAGCAGAAAGAGAUGAACCAGGAGAAGAAUAUACUAAUUUUUCAAUCGUUGUAAGCCUCAAACAAACAAAAGAUGAGGUUGAAGCAAUUAAAAUCCAAUUGUACUCAAAGGAUGUAUUGAGCUUCCUUUAUGAGGGCGAAAUGCCAAAAGAAGAUUUCGAAACCUUCAAAGCUGAGCAAGAAUUAGAUAUCGAUUUCAAUGACUUCCCGAAUGUACUCCAAGAAGUUCUCGGCCAGAUUAACGAGGAUAUCGAAGAGAAUGGCUACAAUGCUCGCCUUCUUUCAGGCGGUGAGAACGAAUGCCGAUUAAUCAUUAAGCAGGAUCUUGACCUUUGCACAACCGAAAUAUUUAAUAUCAAGCUUCUUGGUGCUGAUGCUGAGAGAAUCAGAAAAGUCAGCCAGGAACGUUACAACGAGCUUAGCAAGCGCGACAACAACUUAAGAAUCCAAUACAAGGACCUCAUUAAGAGGAUCAGACGUCAGGAUCCAAAGAUUUUACAAGACUUCAAGCUUAAUUCACAAAUAGAAUGA